AUGGGCUCUGCCGCAUCGAAACCCGCGAAGUCCGCUGCGCAGGCAGCCUCGCGACGCCAAUAUCCCAAAAAGCCCUCCGCACCGCCGGCACCCAGCCCAGCAUCGGCCGCACCGCGCUCUCAACCGCACACCACUCCCCGACCCCAGCAACAACCACCACCAGCACCAGCAUCAGCACCCAAGAACAACAACACCGGCCCAACCUACCACUCUAAAGAACAACCCUCUACCUCCAAAUCCAACGCCAUCGACCUCGACGGCCGAGACCCCGACUUCGCCGCCUCCCUCCGCCACAUCGGCCCCGUCAACCCACACCCAACCUUCUCCAACACCAGCGUCUUCCCUACACGCCAGGGCGCACCACAACAACAACACCAACAACCAGGCAGCGCAUCGACCGUCUUCCCGCCUGCGACGAACCCCGCCCUGCUGACCGUCACCGCGCGCCAGCAGCUUACCAAGGCCGCAGAGCAGGAGACGGACGCGCUGGGCCGGUCGAAUUUUGCGGGGCGCGAGUUCCUGGAUACGAUGACUAUUCGGCAGGUGUUGAAUAUGCGGGAUCGGCAGGGGUUGCCGCCGCGGGAGAUUGAGAGGCUGUUGCGGUUGAAGAAGGGGGUGGUGGAAAGGUUGGGGGAGAAGGGGAUUGUGGGGGUUGCUUGA